CUCUCUCUCUCUCUCCCUUUCUCUCUCUUAUUACUGUCAUCAGUGGGUUUAAAAGCUUUCAACAAGACAGACAGACAUCCCCAGUCUCUUACAUAGCAGCAGCAUUGCUUCUAUUCUUAGUAGAAAAGCUUUUCACUUUCACAUACCUUUCAUCUCUGAAAAAAUAAAGCUUAAGCUUUUGCUCUCUAAUGGAUUCUCAAGAUUCCUCGCUGAACUGCCACUUGCCUCACCACCCGCAGGCGCAAUUCCGGGGCGGCGAGGGGGCGGCGCGGGCCAUGAUGAUGUCCGCGCCUCCGCCGCCGCAGAACUACGCCAUGGCGGGGAAUAACGGCGGCGUGGGCGGCCAUGGCGGCGGCGUGAUGAUUCAGCAGCAGCAGCAGGGCAGGGUGUUUCCGUUUAAUUCCAUGGCGGGGCCGGGUGGGGCCGUGGUGGGCCCGCCGGAUUGCUCCGGCGGGUCGGCGGCGUCGCCUAGGGCUUCCGGGGGGUUCGGCAUUGAGGCGGCGCCGGCGAAGAAGAGGAGAGGGCGGCCCAGGAAGUACUCGCCGGACGGGAACAUUGCGUUGGGGCUCUCUCCGUCUCCUGUCACCCCGGUUUCCGACUCCGGCGUUGCUCCCGCCGCCAUUGUCGCCGCCGUGGCUCCUCCGUUGGACGCCGUGGCUAAGAAGGCCCGAGGAAGGCCUCCGGGCUCUGUAAAGAAACAGCUUGAUGCUCUUGGCUCUGCAGGGGUUGGUUUUACGCCGCAUGUAAUCACAGUGCACUCUGGAGAGGAUAUAGCUCAAAAGAUAAUGGCGUUUUCCCAGCAAGGACCAAGAACCGUUUGCAUUCUAUCUGCAAAUGGCUCUAUUUCCAACGUUACCCUUCGCCAACCAGCAACCUGCGGUGGCACUCUGACUUUAGAGGGCCGGUAUGAGAUCAUCUCUUUAUCGGGUUCGUUCUUGCUAUCUGAAAGCAAUGGCAACCGCAUUAGAUCAGGCGGGCUGAGCGUGUCGCUGGCUGGGGCGGAUGGUAAAGUCGUGGGCGGUGGAGUUUCUGGAAUGCUCACCGCAGCUACACCAGUUCAGGUGGUUGUGGGGAGCUUCAUUGCAGAUGGCAGAAGGCCAAAGCCGAGGCAAUCCCCGAUGCCAACACCAAUCCCGCAACCCCAAUCGAGCAUGCUGAACUUUGGCGGCCCGACUGCUGCAGGGCUAGGGGCGAGCAGCCCUCUCUCGGAAGGCCCCUCGGGCGAGUCCGAGGAGGAAAACAACAGCAGGAGCACCCCGCUCCCCCACCCGCACCAUGGACCCUUGGCAUACAACAACGCGGGCCAAGCCGUGCAGCCAAUUUCAAUGUAUGGCAACAUGGGGGGGUGGCCUAACGCCUCGUCGAAAAUGCUCCCUUGAUCAAUUGCACAGCUCCCCUCGCCCCUCGCCCCUCGCCCAUCCCCUUCCCGGUUCAUCCCCUUUUUUAGUCCUUAGUUUAAUUGCUUCUUUCUGCAUUUCUGCAGUUUGAAACAUGGAUUUGUAGCUUAGAUGAGAUGUGGUUUAGUACUGUAAUUUAAUGACUGCUAAACUUGAUUUUUAUUCUCUAGCCUGCAAUAGUGUUGUAGAAUUUAUGUAAUGAUUUCUUGUGGCCCAAUCUCAUGUCUACACUUCUGGGCUUAACCUGCUAAACUAUAGAUUAUGAA